AUGGCCUCUCAGGAGCUAGGUCGGACCAAAGGCUUUCCAUGUAAGCAGUGUGACACAGUGUUGCCCAGUAUGCCCAGUCUUUUAGAGCACAUGGAGACCCAUUACCAGAAAGAAGAAGAGCGCAAGUUCAGAUGUGGCCAAUGUGGGCGUGGCUACAGGCACCCGGGCAGCCUGGCAAACCACAAGAAGACUCACAAAGUUGGCUCUUUCCAGUGCCACAUUUGUGACAGGAACCUCUCCAACCUCCUGGCACUGAAAAACCAUCUACGCAUCCAUACACCUGGCAAAAGGUUCACCUGCAUACACUGUGCAAAGACUUUCCGGCUAGCCAUUCAACUUGCCUCCCACCUUAAGGUUCAUCAUGCUUGCGAAUCCCAAGGAACAUCUGAGAAGAAUGAGAUUCAAAAGGAGACUUCAGUGUAUCCACAGAGUGGAGAAAAUUCUGAUGAGUGUGAAAUCAGAUUACUGGCAGGUCUUUCAGAAUCGGAGCUUAAAACUGUGCCCUCAACUACCCUGAAUGACAGAUUGAUGCCAGACCUCAGUCAUGAUUCCACCAUUGAGAAUGACACAAUGGUCGCUAAUGACACUAUGAAUCGGCCUUUCAAAUGUGACCAGUGCAAGAGGACAUACCGACACCAUGGUAGUCUGAUCAAUCACAAAAAAUCCCAUCAAGUUGGGGUAUUUGACUGUCCUGUCUGCUACAAACAGUUCAGCAACUUGGCUGCCCUAAAGAGCCAUGAACGUAUUCACACAAAGUCCAAAUCGAAAUCUGGGACACGUGAUGUCAGAUUAUCUCACCCAAGCACAGCACCUGAUCUGUCCCAGCCUAUGCUAAAAAAUGGUGAUGUGGCUGCACACUUCUGCCAUCUGUGUGAAGUAGCUUUCCCCAAUGAUAGUGAUUUCCAGGAUCACAUCCUGAUGCAUAAUGCAUCCUCUCUUUCUCUUGGGCUCCCAGCUGCUUUUUCAGAUGAUUUGUCCUCUGACUACAACACUAUCCCUUCAAACAAUGUCAACUUUAGCCAACCCUCCUUUAGUGACACUCCACUUUUGCCAUCACUGCUGGACAAACAAGAGCCCUUUGACCAGAUGUUGGAGCCUGCCAGAUGUGGUCAGAUGUACAUUUGUGCCUAUUGUGGACAAGGACACAGUGACAUGAACAGCCUCAAAGCUCACUAUGGCACCCAUCACUCUCCAUCACCCUCAGAUAUUCAGGGAAAGUCUACAGUGUUACAGAAACAUGAUGAUGAUUUGCACCUGUUUGAGUCAGCAUUAACUAAUGAAAUGAGAGAGCAAGAGUCCUCAACUGGUGAGCGCCGGUUCAAGUGUCAGAUCUGUAACAAGAGUUACCGGCAUGCUGGGAGCCUUAUCAAUCACAAGAACUCUCAUCAGACCGGUAUCUACCAAUGCUCUAUCUGCCGUAAACAUUAUCCACAUCUGGCUGCUCUGCGUAGCCAUCUACGUAUCCACAAGUCCCGACCUCCUACAAUGCCCCUCAGUUCAGAGGGGGACUGGCUCUCUCCUGAACCCCUCACUCUUGAGGGCCAUCAGGGAGACUUGCACACUCAGGAUGAGGAAGCCAGUUUGCCAAACCUUAGUCAAAAUUUGGGAGAAGCUGUACCUAUGAAUCUUGAUAGCCUCCAUAGCAAUGGGCUGGGUGAAUUUAAGGUCCAUGAGACAUUUGUCACUGCUCUCCCUCAGCACAGGCUUAAGCACUUACCUCUACCUCAAGGUGAACCCCAAGCUGAGAGGCACAUGUGUGCAGAUUGUGGGGAGACUUAUGCAGAUAUUGCAGGGAUCAAGUCACAUACGUGCCCACAUCGACACCAGCAGCAGGAGGCUUUGAGUAAUGGUUUCUUUAGUAAUGUUGAUAUCCAAGACCCAGGGUCAAAAGCUCUGUCUGAACAUGGGGGAAUUGAGAUGGUGUCCAGGAGACACAAGCAUGAUCCAAACCUGACACACUGUAUUGGCCCUGACUUUCAUGAAAAUACUUUUAUGAACAGUGAUGAUGAGGCUGAGAAAGAUGAUGAAAAGGAUGAUGAUGGAGAGGUAUAUCACUGCUCAGUGUGUGGGACCCACUACACUAACAUGCAGGAGUUAAGGAGCCAUCUUCGUAGCCAUACCCAAUACCAGAGUGCAGCCACCAGCACUGGUCCUUCCUCUCUGUCCUCCCUUGAGGAAGAGGAGGAGGAGGAGGAGGACUUAAGUGAGGGUCAGGAAAAAGAUGGUGGCCUGAUAAUCUGCAGUACAUGUGGAGAGAGCUUCUCCAAAGAACAGGAUCUGCAGAGGCACCAACUUAUGCAUGGUCAGGCCAUUGAAAAUGAACCUGUUCUGAACAAGGGAGCUGGCAGUCGCUACAACAAUGGAAAAAGGGAUGCAAGCAUGAUUUGUGGUAUGUGUGGCGUGGCAUGUAAAGAUUAUAUCCAACUAGAGACACACAUGUGUUCAGAUCAAGGGAGAAUGGAAAGGGAAAAGCAUGAAGAAAACAGUGUUGCUGGGGAAAGUGAAGGCAGACAUUCAGGGAACUACCAAGAGUGCCCAGAUGUAGAAAAUCGACCACAUAAAUGUGACCAGUGUGGCCGUGCCUACAGACAUGCUGGUUCUCUGCUCAACCAUAAGAAGUCACACAAAACUGGGGUCUUCCGUUGUUUUGUCUGCCAGAAGCGCUUCUACAACCUUUUAGCCCUCAAAAAUCACCAAAGGACCCACUUUGAUGUCAAGAGGCACAAGUGUGAAGAGUGCGGUAAAGCCUUCAAAAUCCAGAAACAGCUCCUGAAUCACCUGAGGAUUCAUGAAGAAAACCGAACUAGAGUCCAGGAGCUCAAUUGGCAGCUCCAAACCCUCAUGCAGGCAAAUGGGACUGAAUCAAAUGGUGGACCUGACAUUCAUAAUGUAAAUGCCAAGAAGUCCAGCUCUUGGAGCAGAAACUACAGGUCCAGAGGCCAAGGAACCACUGCCCGCAGCUGCAAAAAAGCCUGCCCUGCAGUUGGUACUUUGGUGGAACCACAGGUUGAGAUCAAGUUAGAGGAGGGAGGGAAUGACUGUCGCCCUUAUGCCUGUGACCAGUGUGGACGAACCUACAGGCAUGCAGGGAGCCUGGUUAACCACAAAAACUCUCACAAGACAGGCGAGUACUAUUGUUCCGUUUGCAACAACACAUACUCUAAUCAAUUGGCUAUGAAGAACCACCUACGAAUCCAUUUUGCAGUCAAGAAGCACACUUGCCCGGACUGUGGAAAGGCCUUCCGGGGGCAGAAGCAGUUGUCUACCCAUGCACGCUCACACCGCAGAAAGAAAGCACCCACAACAAGGGGUAAGGGAGAAGGUAAUAGACGAGCAAAGGAGGGCAAGGAUACAAAAUGUCGGGAAUGCAGACAGGCUUUUACCUCAACUGCUGGGCUGUUAUCCCAUACCUGUGGACUACAGUUACCAUCAACUUCUGUAGAGGGUCACCAGAAUGGUGUGAAUUGCAGAGAACUUUGUGGUGGUGCACAACCAGACGAAAAUGAGAAGCGUCCAUUUGGUUGCAAUAUCUGUGGCCGUACCUACCGUCAUGCUGGUAGCCUUCUGAAUCAUAAGAACACUCAUAAGACGGGCCACUUUAACUGCUCCUUCUGUGCCAAGCCCUUCUCAAAUCCCAUGGCGCUGCGCAACCACACGCGUAUUCAUACGCAGAAGAAGAAGCAUGUCUGCACCACCUGUAACAAGGCGUUCCGCCUUGCCAGCAUCCUUCACAACCACCAAAAGAUCCAUAUUCGGGGGGAAAUGCACUUCAACUGCUCAGUUUGUGGCAAAAGUUUCCAGGGUAAGUCUGGGCUUAAGAGACAUCGCUGCCAGAAGAACCAGGAAGGACAGAAGAAAGCCAGUGAAAGUAGGGAAGAAGGUGGAGAGAGGUGCUUCACGUGUGAACAGUGUGGUCGUUCAUACCGCCAUGCUGGCUCCCUGCUUAAUCACAAAAAGACUCACACCACUGGCAUCUACCACUGUAACAUUUGCUUAAAGACUUUCUCCAACCUGUUGGCAUUGAAGAACCACCGCCGUAUUCACUCAGAGGUGCGACGCCACUGCUGCCCUGACUGUGGCAAGACUUUCCGUGUUUCUUCACACCUACGCAGCCACCGGCGAGUGCACAGCAAAGAGCAGUCUGUCUCCCAGUGCAAUCCCAGUCAGCGCAACUUCCCCAGUUUAGCCAGUUUCCAGCAGCAUCAGGAAUUGCAUAGCCAGACGCAGCAACAUACAAUACAAGGUGAACGGGGGAGAGAGGAGAUUGGGGCUGACUUAAGUUGGGGCUCAGGACUAGACCUUUCCCUAAUGCAGGCUCAAGGACUUGAUCCAACUGGGCUUCCAAGGCUGGCACCAUCGUUCUCCUGCCUGGACAACAGCCAUCCAUCAGAGCUGCAGGGGCAGCAGGACAGCUGUGGUGCAGUAGCAAAGGGAGAGAAGGUCCAUGCCUGUGAACACUGUGGCCGCACCUACCGACAUGCUGGCUCCCUUCUUAACCACAAAAACAGCCACAAGACUGGGUGCUUCUUCUGCUCUGCAUGCAAGAAAGAGUUCUCCAAUCUAAUGGCCCUGAAGAACCACAGACGUAUCCACACCGAGCCCAAGCGUUUUCAGUGCCCAGACUGUGGCAAGGCCUUCCGGGUGUCCACUCAACUUGUAUGUCAUCGUCGCAUCCAUACGAAAGAGAAGCCCUUUUCUUGUUCACAGUGUGAUAAGCACUUUUCCAGCAAGUCAAAUUUACGCCACCAUCAGAAAGUCCAUCAGAGCCAACAGAAUUUUGAGGUCUCCCUGGACAUGAGUGCAGAUACCCUUAUGGGUCUUAGUAUGAGCCCUUUUCUGUGAAACAUGGUUUUUUGCAGGGUGGACCAGUGUCAUCUGCAACCAUCAAAACGGAAAAGGCAUUACAGCUCCCAGUGUCAUUCGGCCAAAUUAGAUUUGUAUAAUCCAAUGCUAACAUAUUAACAGUUGAUCUGCUUUUCUCUAGGCUCUUUUAGAAGAGGGCUUUGUGGCACUAUCACAGAACUCUGAAGCCUGACAGACUGCACUAUGCCUUUUGAUGAUCCAUGACACUACUAAGGCUUGUGUACAGCUGAUAUCUCAGGAUGGAAUUCCAAAGACUUCCCUGCAUCCCAAUAAUGCAAUUAGUUAAGAAGUAAUAGCCUUUUCAAGCAAUCGAACCAUGGCCUACAGAAAAUUAGAAACCUGAAUAGUUGUGUGGUUAUCAAUGAGGUUCUCUGAUAUUAUCCAAGCUUCUUAAGAGCACCGGUAGCUGAAUUCCUUGGAUCAUAUUAUUGGUGUCAGUGGACAGGUAGUCAAAUAGCACAACUGUUGUAAGAACAGUUGCAAUAGUCCAGCCUUUGAGCACGCAGGUGGAGGUUUAUGUUGGGUUGGGAAGGGCUAUUUCUUUUUCAAGGUUCUUGCAUGAAAAUCCUUGAAAUGGUUAAUGGAGCCUGACGCUGCACCUGAGACUUCCAACUGAUUGAUGGGCGUCUUAGUACCCCUUUUCAUGAUUUUGCAUCUUUUUUUGGUUUUUACUCACAACAAAUUCUACUUUGCCUUCUCACAAACAAAUUAGACAUUUUAAAAAAGGACAUUUGUGCUUUAAACUCUUGAACCAGGCGGUUUCUUGCCAAUGAAUUUUUUCAUAGAUCUACAAUCUAGAACAUUCAAAACAUAUUUAUACUUUGUUUCAGAGGCAGCAGAGUAGAAUAGAAUCUUUAUGCCAUGAGUAAUUUUACUAGCAGUACAGUAUUUUUAUCCAUACCUGAGCAUACAACUGAUUUAGCUGAUAUUUAAUAAGUAGUUUGAUUUCGCUUAAAUGUCUUGAGUAUGCGAUACCUGUUGCAGAAGAGUAUUUUUGCAUUGCUAUUGUCACAGUGGUAUCAAACCCACCCACAUUGCAGUGUCUCCUAAUAAUGCUUUUAUUUGAGAUUUGAGAUGAUAUGAGAACAAUGUUAAAGCUCUCCCGCCUAAGAGGCAUUUCAGUGGAUUCGAUGACCACUGCUCCUGUACCCCUCUGGAAGCUUCCUGCAAUUCACACUAGGGUGCAAAAUCCAAGAUGACUGCCGUCAACCAUUUUGUAAAUCGAGUGUGCUGUAUUCUAUGAACCAAAUGGGCUCGACAUAAAUAAGCUUUUAUCUCAAGCACCCCGAGUUGUUUUCAAUUGUUAACAAAAUGAAAUUUAAUUUGAAAUGUGAAAACAAUAUGAAUAGUAAUGAUCUCCUCCCAAAAAUUUGGCUGAUGGGUGAUGCUAAACUAUUAGAUACUUUCUUGGCCCGAUUGUUCCUGAUACCCACAAACAUUUUUGCCAUGCAGUCAUAUUGUGUAUAUUUGCUUUCAGAAAUCCAUAUUUUGAUAGUCCAUGUGAAGAACUACAAGUAAGCUAAUCAGCAGUUUAAGGAAAUGAUCUUAAAUCUUUUUCUUUCAUCUUUUUAAAUUUUUUUUUACCAUGCGUAAUUUGUAUUCCAUCCGUUACAUUUAUAGACAAUCAUGGCUUAUCUAUUACACAAAACAAUAAAUGGUGUUUGUCUAUGUAAUUAAGUCGGAGGAAUUUUCAGGAGUGUGUACGACUCCCAUAGCAAUCAUCCAUCCAUCCAUCCAUUAUCUGAACCCGCUUAUCCUGAUCAGGGUCGCAGGGGGGCUGGAGCCUAUCCCAGCAUACGUUGGGCGAAAGGCAGGAAUACACCCUGGACAGGUCGCCAGUCUAUCGCAGGGCACACACACCAUUCACUCACACACUCAUACCUAUGGGCAAUUUAGACUCUCCAAUCAGCCUAACGUGCAUGUCUUUGGACUGUGGGAGGAAACUGGAGUACCCGGAAGAAACCAUAGCAAUCAGUUGUAGGAUUACUUUGAUUGUUUUAGCGGCAGUUACUUAUUGCAUUGGCAGUUGUGGCUGCUGUUCUCAUGAGACGGUGACUAAUUCUACACAUCACAAACCAACAGAAAUCAACCCAUGUUCAGAUCCAUAAACAUUCUCAAUCAGUGGUAUUUUCAGGGGGAAAGCAGUCUAAAAAUAGACACCUGCUCAGUUCAUUUACCUGUACAAUUGGAAAAAGAAAUUGUGACUUUGGCAUGAAACUGGCAACAGUACUUGCAUUUUUAUGAGCCAGAUAUAAUCUUACUACUAGGCUAUGACAAGAUCAAGAUCAAUGCUGUACAUUCACUUCAGGUGCAUAGGCAUGUUAUGUGUGUUACCUGUGUACUUCAAGUGUGGAAAAAAUCACUAUAUCCUUAUGCUGUUAGUUAUGGUUAUGUAGUAGUAAUCUACCCAAUGUAUAGCCUGUUUUGUUAUGAAAUGUACCUUUUUGAAAUACUGUUGUUGCUCAGAAAAGCUGGUCUUCCAAUUGGGCAUUGUAUACAGUUCCCAGUUCCGUUCACAUAUACUCGAGACAAAUUUCUAAAUCCAAAAUCAGAAAAAUAGUGGCUAGUGAUUGAAUGCUGAAAUCCAUAUAGUUUUUGUAUUGAAACAGACUACCCAUGUCAUUAGUCAUCUUAUUAGCAUUAUCUCCUAACCUUCUAACAAUCAAAAUCAAUGUAGUAGAAUCAUUGCUUUUGAGUAAAUGCAUCUAUACAAGUAAAUGGUUUGUUACACCCAUAGUACAGUAUGAAUACAGCAUAGCUGUAAUGUAAUAAUCGCAUGCAUUUUUGCUGAAAACCUUUCACAAAAUGAAAUCUGGGGUUUUCCCCCUCCUUUUUCACUGCUCUGUAGUUCCAGAUAUUAAUGGUAAUUGAGCUUCCUCAAUUUAUGACAAGUUGUGCGUUGGUGCAUAAUUCCUUUUAUUUUAUUGCAUGUCCUCAGUUGAUACGAGGCAUCCAAUUUAAUCAUAUUUAUAUAUGGCUUUUUAUUUUGCUGCUGAGAAAUGUAUAAUUAUCCCUGUAUUUUAGUUUUUUCUAAAUUAAAACUUUGUAAUCUUGUAGAAAUGUAAAAUCUUCAAAACAUUUUUUUUAAAUAUUUAAUUUUAUUAUACUUUCAGUGUCUUUCAAGGUUUACCUCUACUGCAUAUGUUUUUAGAAUAUUCGGUUCAAAUAUUUCCCAGGCAUGGUUUACUUGCUGGGUUAAUCAAAAUUUUCUUUGUCAUACAGAUGUAGUCUUUAUUCUCUUCUGUAGCAGUCAGGAUUAGGUGUAGUGUUUGCAUCUAAUUUUCAUGUUUAUAUAUGUAUUCAUGACUCCAAGUCAUUCUGUAAAAAUUCUGAAGCAUUUUGCCAUCAGUGACUUGAUGGUUGCAGAGCUUUGGUUUUAAUCUAGUGAAUCAGUAUGUAGGUAUAGACCAUCCUAAACCUCACUGGUACUCUAAACUUCAAAGGUACUGUAAAUUGUGUAAUGGUGAUUUAUUUGGCAAACUUGACAGGCCAUUCAUUAUAAAGGUAAUUGAUGCAUUAUUUGUGCUUGUUUGAAUUAUUCAUAUGGUUCAUUUUAUAAUAAACUAGUCUUUGGCAA